CCAGCAAAGCGCACAGCGCGAUCAACAGAAAAGGAGCCAGGAAUUACCCUUUUCAUUUUGUGCUUUAUUACAUAAGGAUACAAACAACAGUAUUGUGGACAAAUUAAGCAUUUACGAGUGUUAAGUGAUAUUUAUUUUUAUUUCGAAACCGAAUUCAGGCGAAACAAGCAAAAAGCACAGACGCCUACACUAUGAGAUUAACACAUCAUUUGGCUGUUAUGGCCGCCAUACUUCUGGCAGGCUCUGCUCUCAGCAACGCUGAGGAAUCAGCUUGGGGUGGCGGCUGGGAACCCACGAAGGAGUCAAUGCUCAGCAGACGCUCGGCGGAGCCUGAGAAAUCAGAUGCCGCUGCUGUGCAGCCCGUAGAGGUACAGGGCCGUAAUUAUGGUGUGCAUGAAGCGAUCAAUAGCAACGACACUAAUACCGACCUCAAUGCCAUUAUUGAUCAGAUUAUCAAUUCACGACGCGAAGGACGUAUUUUAGGUGAUUACGACCAAGUGUAUGCCGAUGGUAAUAUCGAUCAAGCGCUGCAACAAGGUGACGAUUUGCAAGCACGCAAUCUUAUACGCGAUAAACUUUGCGGACUGGGUUUAAUGAGCUGUGAUGUUGAAGAGAAGCGUCCGUACUACUCAACCAUAUACGCACAAGGUCCACCACCAUCAUCGUUUGGUGGCGGUCCAUAUGGACCGGCCAGACCUAUGCCACCACCGGGUCAUUUCAAUAGCCGUCCUCCACCACCACCACCAUCGUCUUUGAACUCCUUUGGACCACCACGUAAGGUAGGUUAUGAAGGCGCUUACAAACCACCUUUCCGUCCGUCGGGUUCAGGCGGUCCGGUAUAUAACGGUCCAUAUUUGGAAAAUCCACCACCAUCCGCAAUUGGUACCACGGGUCCAAAUACCUUUAACAAACCUCCACCUGGCGCUAUUAUUUAUGGCAGUAAGCCACCAGGUCCAGUAUACAGUGGCAAUUCCGAUGCACCACCACCGCCAUAUGCCUUUGAGAAUCCCAUCGGUGAGAAAAUCCAGGCAUCCGGUUCCUCACAAACAAAUUUCUAUGCCCAUCAAUCAUCUGCGGCCUCAUCAGCUUCCUCUUCGAAAGUAGUUGUUGGUAAUUUGAAUGCCAUACCAGUGUCGGCGCCUGCCGGUGGCUUGCAGCAGCAUGUGCACCACCAUUUCCACCAUGUCGAGGGCGGUGAUGCUGGUGCUAAGGUGCCUACAGUACCCAUACCAAUUGGUGCUGGCCAAUCGAUCAACACCGACUUUUCGGCUCUUGCACAAUCAUCGGCUUCCUUCACACCACAAACACAAGGUGGCUUCACCGAAUCGAAUGCAUUUAAUGCCGGUUACAACGGUGCUUCACAAGGUGGUUUGCUCUCACAGGCGGCAGCUAACAGUUUCGGCAACUACGAGAAGCCCAACACUGACCUUUACAAACCUACAGGAGGCUUAGGCAGCUUUGGUAAUGCUGGCGCACAAGGCCUAUAUGAACCAACUGGUAUAUCUGGUGGUCAAGGUGGUAUUUACGAACAAAAUGCUGGCGCUAGCGGUUUCGGACAGAGCGGAUUUGCACAAUCCACUAAUUUCGGCCAAUCGAGCAAUUUUGGACAAGCCAACAACUUUGGACAGGCAAGCGGUAGUUACCAUAGUCAGAAUCCCGACUAUUAUAAGAAAGAGUUACAAAACUUCGGCGGCAUUGGUACUUCGGCCGGUUACAACGGUAUCGGCAACAAUUUGGGUGGUCAAUACCAAGGUGGAUAUGAUACGUCACGUCAACAAAUCGUGGAUUGUCAGUGUGUACCAUUUAAUCAAUGCCCUGCUGCCGAUCGUAUUGGACGCAAAGAAGAUUUGAUUUUGGCCAUCGAUCCACGUAAUUUGGGUAAAGACAUUGAAGCUCUGGGUGAUGAAACUGCAACAAAUGCGACCGUUAGCGCAACCGAAGAGAAAAAGGAAGAAAAGAAAGAAAAGAAAGAACAGAAAGAUGAGGAGAGUAAACGCAGCAAACGUCAGGCGACGGCCGAAGAUAAGCAGUCCGAUGAUGGUGCAGCCGAUCUACCGCUGGAUGCUGAAGGGCGCACUGGCAUACCCGAUCUGGCAGCCAUCGAGCUCAUAAAGCGUAAAAUUCUUCCCACAUAUGGUGUAUCAUUUGGAUUGCCAUACCCCACCGGUGGUGGUGGUUAUCCCGCAAAUCCACAAGGCGACUUUUAUCCAGCACCGAAUCCGCACUUCGGUUCGAUUGGACCGAAUGGCUUGAAUUUAGGUCUUCUAAAUGUAAAUCCAUUGGUCUCCGUACAGGUGCAGAAAACCGAGUUCGGAGAUAAAGUCGUGAAGCCACUAGUUAAUCUUCAUGUCACACCAAAUGCGAACAUUUUUCAAAAAGUCAGUGAAUUAUUCAAGUCAAAACCUGAAUACAUUCACAACACACAUUAUCAUCAUCAUGAUCAUUAUAAUAGUUUUGAGCAUGAUCAUCACUCACAACCGCAUGCUGUUACCGCGCCUGGCCCCAUAUAUGACGCCUCACUGCCCAGUGCCACCAUUCUCGAUGUAAUACCAAGCAAACCGAUUUACGAGCAUCACAGCACUGUAACUGCGCCGGCAAGCACCAUAAUUAAUACCGGAUUCCUCCACCAACAGCAACAAUUCGCAACACAGCAUACAUCUUUUGGCACAACCUCUUCAGCGAACUUCUAUCCUGGUGCUUCUACUGUUGCUGGACAUACAUCUUAUCCAACCACCGGUGGCGCGCAUUUUAGUGGUACUAUUCCAAGCGGUUUCGGCGCCACUGGUCACGUCUCUCCGCAUUUUGGCGCUUCAAUUCCAAGUGGUCCCGGCGUUAGUAACCACGGCUCGGCUCAUUUUGGCGGACCGAUUCCCAGCGGAUUUGGUGCAAGCGGUCAUGGCCCGAAUUAUUAUGGCGGCGCCUCAUCGCAGCCUGGUUACUCAAUCGGCUAUGGCACUAGCGGCCAUGGCGGUGAGAUUUUCGCCGGUGGACAUUACAACGAAUACGAAGAACGUAGUUCCAAUCUCAGUGUGGCAUUUAAAGGGCCAGUUGAGCACAGCAGUAAGCAGCAUCAUUUGAAUGCAUUGGACCAUCGUAGAGGUAAAAGCCUGCGUUAUGAGCAAAGCUUACGACCAAUACCCACACAAGCGCCUGGUGCGGCUGAAGGUAGCGACUAUGUGACAUUUCCACGUGAUCGGCGACGUCGCGAUGUGGUUGAACAUGAGGAAGCUGCGGAACGUAGAGAAAGUGUAUUGCCGCGUACGGUAAAGGCAGAACAGCGCGCUUAUUAUGGCAAUCGUCCCGUUGAGAAGACUUGCCGCGUCAACGAAGUCUGCUGCCGUCGGCCAUUACGUCCAGCGCCACAACAACAACUUGGUCGCUGUGGCACACGCAACGCUGCUGGCAUCACUGGCCGUAUCAAGAACCCAUCAUACAUCGAUGGUGACAGUGAGUUCGGCGAGUACCCAUGGCACGUGGCUAUCUUAAAGAAGGACCCUAAGGAAUCGAUUUACGCUUGCGGUGGUACACUGAUCGAUGCGCAACACGUAAUCACUGCAGCUCAUUGCAUCAAAUCGCAAAACGGCUUCGACUUGCGCGCUCGCCUAGGUGAAUGGGAUGUUAACCACGAUGUCGAAUUCUUCCCAUACAUCGAACGUGAUGUGGUCUCAGUACAUAUUCAUCCCGAAUACUAUGCUGGUACUUUGGACAAUGAUUUGGCUAUACUGAAAUUGGAUCAUCCCGUUGACUUCACCAAAAACCCACACAUCAGUCCAGCUUGUUUGCCUGACAAAUUUUCCGACUUCACCGGCUCACGUUGCUGGACCACUGGUUGGGGCAAAGAUGCUUUCGGUGAUCACGGCAAAUACCAGAAUAUACUGAAGGAGGUCGAUGUGCCAAUCCUAUCUCAUCACCAAUGCGAAUCGCAAUUGCGUCAAACUCGUCUCGGCUACAGUUACAAACUGAAUCCCGGUUUCGUUUGCGCUGGCGGCGAAGAGGGCAAGGAUGCAUGCAAAGGUGACGGUGGUGGACCAUUGGUGUGCGAACGCAACGGCAUCUGGAAUGUGGUCGGUGUUGUGUCCUGGGGCAUCGGUUGCGGUCAAGCCAAUGUGCCCGGUGUGUAUGUGCGUGUUUCACACUACUUGGACUGGAUUCGCCAAAUUACGCAAUACUAUAAAUGAGUAGUGGCACCAGCGGCAGCGACGCCUGUGCGGCCAACCACAACAGCCUAUCACAGCUGUCAGUCGCAAGACCGAGAUGUGUUCCACUUUCACUUCCGAUAAGCCAUUAUUUUUGAGUAAUAUGACGAGUAUGAGUAUGAGUAUAUGAUAAUGAUAUUAUUUAUUUUUGUUAGUGUUGUAAGUGUAGGCACAUAAGUAUUUAAGUGCUCUCCAGUGCGACUGUUUGUUUUUUGUCAUUUAUUGUUUUUGUUUUCCUUACUAUGUGUAAAUAUUUAUUGCCUUCUUCUACAUUUGUUAAAUUAUUUGUCUGCGCUUUGCGCGAAAUGCGGUUGCUGCGACCACUUUUCAACACUUUUAAAUUAUUGUAUUUAACUACUUGUACGACACACAGAUGUCAAAACUUUUAUAAAACUUUAAUAAAAUAAAAUAUUUUUAAUAAAUUGA